AAAAUUCUCCCAACAGCAACACCCACAUGUUUCUUUUGCAUCCUAAAUUUGACCAGUUAAACAUAUUAUAAUUUUCCAAAAUUCUAUUUAUAUAUAUAUAUAUAAUCUCUUUUCAGUUUUCAUCACAAACCAUAAUUCUUCCUAUCAUCUGUUGAAUCAAUCUCUACGCCUUUAAUUUUCCAGUUUGUUCCAUCGAGAACUAUUUCACAAGCUACUAUGUUUCUCUCAAAUCCGGCUCUAAUAUUGUACGCAAUUGCGAUAUUGUUUACAACUUUCAGAUUGAUAUCAAGAACCUGUUUAAUCCAUUGCCUGAAGAAAUGGGGGCGAAGUUUGGAAGAUAAGUGCUACGUGUAUCAGUCUUACAAAGUGCCAAAAUUCAAUGGAAAUAUGCAGGAGAAUCAACUUCACAGACAAGUAUAUACAUACCUGAAUUCAUUGCCGUGUGUUGAAGAUUCUGACUUCGCCAACCUCUUUUCAGGUAAUAAAUCUACAGAAAUCAAUAUAAUUCUGGACGAGAAUCAAGUUAUUGUCGACAAUUUCCUCGGUGCUAGAGUUUACUGGAUCAACGAAAAGUGCGAAAGAACUGGCUUACAAUCGCUAAUUCUGAAGAUCAGGAAGAAAGACAAGCGUAGAAUUUUGGUUCCAUAUAUGCAGCAUAUUCACACGGUGUUUGAUGAGAUUGAGCAGAAGAAAAAGGAGGUGAGAUUGUUUGUGAACGCAGAGAGCGAACUCCAGAGAAAUGAACGAUGGAGAUCAGUUCCAUUCACUCAUCCAGCAACAAUGGAGACAGUUGUAAUGGACGCAGAUCUCAAAACCAAAAUCAAAUCCGAUAUGGAAACCUUUUUGAAGUCCAAGCAGUAUUAUCAGCGCUUGGGUCGGGUCUGGAAGAGAAGCUAUUUGUUAUACGGACCCGCCGGUACCGGAAAAUCUACUUUUAUAGCUGCAAUGGCGAAGUUUUUGUCCUACGAUAUUUAUGAAAUUGAUUUGAACAAAGUCGCAAACUAUUCGAAUCUGAAGAAUCUCUUGCUACAAACUUCAAACAAAUCAUUGAUCGUAAUCGAAGAUCUGGAUCAAUAUUUGGGCAAAACUUCAGCGGCUGUGAACUUAUCAGGGAUUCUAAACUUCAUGGAUGGAAUUUCUUCAGAAGAACGGAUUAUGGUUUUCACAAUGAGCGGUGAAGAAAACAUCGAUCAAAAUAUUCUCCGGCCGGGAAGAAUCGAUGUUCAUAUACAUUUUCCUCUCUGCGAUUUUUCUGCAUUCAAAACUUUAGCCAGUAGUCAUUUAGGGUUGAAAGACCACAAACUAUUCUCUCAGGUUGAAGAAAUUUUUCAAAUCGGAGCGAGUUUGAGUCCGGCCGAGAUCGGUGAAAUCAUGAUAUCGAACCGGAGCUCCCCGAGCCGGGCUCUAAAAACCGUUAUUUCUGCUUUGCAGAGCAAUGUAGCGAGUCGGGUCACAAGGAAGCUGAGCGGAAGCGGGUCGGGUCGGGAGAUAGAGGAGUUAUACGAGUCAGGGAAGGAAAGUCAAAACGGGUCGGUUCAACCCAUGAAAGAGUUGAAAAAUUUGUAUGGAUUUUUAAGGAAAAGUGGUAGAAAGUCUUCCGUGGAUCUGUUGGAUGUGGGUGAAAGGGAUAAUUCAAAUCACGGGAAUUGACCGGACCCGAAUUUAUUUGGUCAAACUUGUUCAAAAAGUCCAACAUUUGUUAAUUUCUCGGGGGCGCCCCCCAAAAUUGAAGUCCUUUAUGGCAAUAUUUUAAUUUUUUUAUACGAAUUUGUUAGUGGGGCAGACUUGUAAAAGCUUACAUAUUUAGAACAAUACCCUUUUCUAGAUUACAAAUUUAGAACAAUACCCUUUUCUAGAAUACUUUUGUAUAUGUGAUUUUAUUCUUAUACAAAAAUGAAUGAACUAUUCCUUUUAUUAUUA